AUGAAGAUUUAUUUAAAAUUAGAAAAGAAAAAGUAUUAUCUUAAGCUUAUCUUUUGGAACUUGAUUCUGUAUACAUCCUAUUAAAAAUAUAGGAGAUCAAUCCUGUUACAGGAUAAGUCUAAAAUACUCUAAGUUGUAAUUGAAAGAUUUUAAAAAAGCAAUUGA